ACAAAAUUUAUAUAUGCAAAUAAAAAUGUGACCUUCUUUAAAAAAACAAACAAAAAAAAAAAACAACACACACGUUUCAGUAUACGCCGUGUGCUCUGUAGUGCAUGAUGGUAACGUGUGAUCAUUUUGAGCAGGACACCAUUUCCAUUUCAGCAGUGCAACUCCUGAUGCUGCCAUCUUUAUCUUCUGCACUACAGAAGACUCUGGAGUUCGCAUGACAUCAUGCAGUAGAUAAUGUGGAAGGCUGGUUGGUUUGCUAUCGGGUAUGUAAGGCUGCCUGGAGGGUCAGUCAACAGGGAUUGAGGAGGUCCAGGUUUGGUUUUGGGUCUGGUUCUGGGUUUGGGUGGAGCUAAACCGGGUCCUGGGCUCGGUGGUGGUGUGUUGCAGCGCACUUCGGUUUGAUGGUGUUCUCUGCCCUGAUCACGACCAGGAGAUUGGAAGAAAUGGAGGCAUGAAUGCAGGCAGGUGAAGAGCAGCAGAUCGGUGGAUGGUGUUUGGAUGGUGGUUGAUGUUUGGAUCGAGAAGGUUUCAUGUUACUGCGCAGGCGCAGACGCCGCAGCUACAUUGUAUCUCCGCGCUUCCGUUCUCUACGCGAUCCACCCUUUUCACGUGUGUGUGUAUAUAUAAAAACAAUUUUUGCACGUGUUUUUAUGCCACCACGUGACCUCGAGCUUAGCACGCCAACAAACAAACAAACAAACAAACAAUGUGAUCCUGUCUCCAGGCACCUUUUCAGUGUUGAACGUGAAGCAAGCACACGCAGGGGACCAUGUCUGUCAUAUACAUGUCCAACAAGAGAAAGAUCUCAAGGCCGGAAAAAAAGCCACAAACAGGAGACCCGAACAUAAUGGAGAAAGUGGUUGCCGUAUGUAGCGGGGUUUCCUCCACGAACGAAUCUGCGGGUCCGAUAAAGAGAACGUAUGGCAGGAAAAAGUAUCAAGAUUUGCACCCGGUCUCCAAAGAUCCUCCUGUGGACGGGUCUUCGUGCACUUCGGUGGUCCGUGCUAAUGCGGUGAAUGGCUUGAAAGUGCAGAAAGUGGCAUGCCAUCCUCCCGCGUGCAGGAUGAAGGAUAUAGGCGGGCCUGCCUCGGAGAUUAUGAGAAAGAGAGUUCCCGUCAUAGUUCCUGUGGCGCAGUUCGCUCAGACACGGAGCCCUCAGGCAAACUUCUGCGUGAAAAAGGAGACACCCAGUUAUCCUCCAGGAAGUCAAGAGGAAACUUGGCAGCUGCAGAUCCUAGCAAAAGGCCGAGUGACUUGCCCCAAGUGUAAACGUGUGGGAAGGAAAACGGUGGAGGGUCUAAAAAAGCACAUGGUGGCCUGCAAACUGCCCGUAUUUAAAUGUACACAUUGCGGAAAACAGCUGAAGACGUCAACUGGGAUGAAGUACCACCUCAUGGCGGACCACAAUAAACUGCCCAACCCGGACGACGGACAUGGACUGGACGAUCACGCGGUGAAAGAAAAACUGAGAAAAGUGCUGAAAAGGUUGGGGAAAUUAAAAUGUUCCAAAGAGGGCUGUACUGGCAGCUUCACCAGUAUAAUGGGCUACGUUUAUCACAUGAAAAAAUGCGGCAAGGCCGAAUCCGAGCUGGAGAAACUACUAAUGAACUGUAAGCACUGUGGAAAGCCGUAUCGCUCCAGAGCAGGCCUGGAGUACCAUCUCAAAUCUGAGCAUGGGCCGGCACCUCAACCAACUGAAACAAAUGGCCAAACAGAACCCAUGGAAUGUGAAUCCAGCGGCAGGGCCAAACGCACCUCUGCCCAGGUGGCCAUUUUCCAUCUGCGUGAAAUCGCCAAUCAGGAGCUGUUCAAGGAGUGGCCUAAGAGAAAGGUGCAGCGAGACCUGGUACCUGAUGACCGGAAGCUACGUUAUUCCCGUCCCGGAUUACCGGCCUUCAGCCAGGAGGUCUUGCGAAAGUGGAAGAACGAAGUGAAACUGAACAGGAAAAUGCAGUGUCCCAACAAGGGUUGCGGUUGUUACUACACCAGUGUUUCAGGUCUGAAGGCUCAUUUGGGACUCUGCACCUUGGGCAACUUUCAUGCUGGGAAAUUUACAUGCCUGAUCUGUAAGAAGGAGUUCAACUCUGAGAGUGGAGUGAAAUACCACAUCAACUCUGUUCAUUCGCAGGACUGGUUUGUGGUCACCUCCAAGGCUAAGAGUUUCACCGCCACCAAAAAGCUCAAGCCAAAGAAACUCCACCUGCCAAACCCAGCUCUCUUCCACCACCAAGGACCAUGCACCCGGCAGAAAACCCAUCAGGCUUCAUCAGACGCCACGACCAGCCAGUCAGUAUUCCCAGGAACGUCGGAGAGGAAAGCGAAAAACGAAAGAAAGAGCAGGAGAGUGCAGGACAAAGAGGGCAGUGAAAGCCAGAGCAGUAGCAGUGAAAGCGAGAGCUCCAGCAGCGAGUCGGAUCAAGAGGUUCCAGAAAACGAGACCUGGAAGCUAAACAAGCCCAGCAAACCUCAGCCUGCAAAAACUAAGAAUGACCACUAAACCUUGUGUCAUUUUGAAUCCAUUUUGACCCAAUUAUGUGUGUUGAGACAAGUGGUAGCCGGAGGUAACUACAUUUACUAAUCUUAUAAACCCGUAUUUUACGUUGAAGAUCAACGCUGAGAGGAAUCGUGAUUGUGAAACUGUUCGAUUUGUAGACACGGAUUUCCAAAGAUUAGAACCUCUGCCCUACUUUACUUCUGAUAGAUCGCGAUUGUGGCGAUCAAAUGUAAAAAAUCUAUUGAUAUUUUGCCUUAAAAGGGUUGGUUUGAUUUGUUUUCAAGCGUUUUUACACGAUUUCUUAGAAUCCGGUUGUUUUUUGCGAUAUGGAAGACAUAAUUCCCCCAAUCAACUAAAGCAGCAAACAGGAAUUUCGCCCGGCUGACAAUCCGAGGCAGCGAUAAUGUCGUUUAGGUGAAUUUGUGUAACUCUUGUCUUGUGAGCCAUAAAAAAAACAAGAUGGCAACUUGUGUGGUGGUCCGUAAUUAUAAAAAAGUUAAUUCGGAUGUAUACUGUACAUAAGGUAUAUGUCGAUUUUUGUUAGGGGCGUCUGUUUUAGGUAGGCGGUAGCUAUUAUAGGAAGGUUGUGAGUUCAAAUCCCAGCACCACCUAGCUAACACUGCUAACGCUGCAAGGCUAAUCUCCAACACAACUAUAUUUUCCUUCGUUUUGUAGCCCCUCCCCCCGGUUUGUUUCCCGCCCCAAUUCUUCAGGUUAAAUGCAUUAUUUAAGUUUUAUUGUCUCGUUUUUUUAUUUUAAACACUGCAUGUAGUGUUCUCCAUGUGCGUAAUAGAGUGACUAGCAUCGACGCGUACCUGACGUUUUAGCUUCGAACGUGUGCUCUCGUCCUCGUGCACGUCUCUAAGAAGGCUGCAGAUUCGCACGUUAGGAAUGAUAGAGUGCUACAAUAUUGUAUCGUAGAGUUUAUCCAUAUGGACAUUGUGAGGGGUUACUUGAGUUCGUUCCGAUCCAUCAUUUUAUUACCGUGUCCGAUUCGAGUGCUACGUGUCCAAAAACGGUUCGUGUUUUUUUUUUAAAUACCCAACCUUUUAUUCUUUUUUUCAAUGUUCGACUGUAAAACGUCUGCAUAGACUUUGUAAAAGUACUUUGUUAAGUAAAUCUGUAUACAAUAAAUUAAAGUGUAUAAAAACCCCAAAUAUCCACUUUGAA